UGCGCACACGGGACCGGUCUCUUCGGCUCAGUUUGCCGCCGACUUGUGUCAUUUGAAACAGCUUCUUUUGAAGACUUGAGCCGGAAUGUUUUGUCGCACACAGAGCUGCGUUCGUCGAUGCGUCAAGCGCCAAAUCGAAAUGUGAUUUUACGCGCGACCCUGUGUGAUUUGAACGCGCUGCGCGAAGUGUACGGAGUCACAUGGAGCUAAUAUCGGUGCUUUUCCUGCUCUUAUCAGCUGACUGACUCCUCAGCCUGUGAAGUUUACGUCGUUUUUGUUCCUCAAUGAUGGACGGUGGAUGGUGGGCGCGCACUCUCGCACCUGAUCGUGGAGCGUUUGCCAACACAUGAGAGAUGUUUUGUCUGCUCAGAUCUGGGAGUCUAUCAGGCAGCGGCAGCACCAUGGGGAUCCGACACGGCACGAAAACACAGCACAACUCCAAGCCCAAAAUAUACUUUCUGCUUCUGCUCAUAUUCACGCCGAGAGUGGACUCGUCAUGGUGGUACAUCGGGGCGCUGGGUGCUCGGGUCAUUUGUAACAACAUUCCUGGUCUGGUGAACAAGCAGCGUCAGCUCUGCCAGCGGCACCCGGACCUCAUGCAGUCCAUUGCUGAGGGAGCCAAAGAGUGGAUCCUGGAGUGCCAGCACCAGUUCCGACACCACCGCUGGAACUGCAGCACCAUUGAGCGGGACCACACCGUGUUUGGCCGAGUGAUGCUGCGAAGCAGCAAGGAAGCGGCGUUCGUGUACGCCAUCUCCUCGGCCGGGGUGGUCUACGCCAUCACCAGGGCCUGCCGCCAGGGGGAGCUGGAGAUCUGCAGCUGCGACGGCGACAAGCGAGGACAAUCCAGCGAUGAACGGGGGAGCUUCGAUUGGGGGGGAUGCAGCGACAACAUCAGCUUUGGCAUCAGCUUUGCCAAGGCUUUCGUCGACGCGCGAGAGCGGAUGGUGAAAGACGCUCGAGCGCUGAUGAACCUGCACAACAACCGAUGUGGCCGCAUGGCGGUGAAGCGCUUCAUGAAGCUGGAGUGCAAGUGUCACGGGGUCAGCGGCUCCUGCUCGCUGAGGACCUGCUGGCAGACCAUGUCUGACUUCAGGCGCACCGGCGACUACCUGCGCAAGAAGUACAACACGGCCAUCGAGGUGACCAUGAACCAGGACGGCACAGGCUUCAAGGUGGCCGACAAGGACUUCAAGGGAACCACCAAGAAUGAGCUGGUGUAUGUGGAGAACUCGCCUGACUACUGUCUCAUGGACCGCUCGGCAGGUUCGUUGGGAACAGCAGGUCGCGUCUGCAGCAAGUCUUCGCGAGGAGCGGACGGCUGCGAGGUCAUGUGCUGUGGGCGGGGCUACGACACCAUGCGCAUGAAAAGAGUGACUAAGUGCGACUGCAAGUUCAAGUGGUGCUGCGCGGUGGAGUGCAGGGACUGCGAGGAGGUGGUGGACGUUCACACCUGCAAGCCUCACAAGCGGCCCGACUGGCAGGACUUGACCUAAAAACCCCGGACCUGUGCUGAACUGUGAGCACCACCAGGGAGAGACCUGGAAACAGUUUCUGAUCAAGCGCUCCUUCGGUCUGUUGAAGAAACAUUGCCAGAGAUUCUACCUAAAAGUGAGGGAGAAACUUGCCAUCUUGAGUUUGUGCUCAAAACCCGUGCGCCAGCCAUUAAUAAUAACAACAAUUGAAGUGGAUUUGGACGUGUAGCUCCUUGUAAAAACACUGGCAUUUUGAGUGAUGCUGCAAUGCAGUGUUGAAAUGUGACAAAUGUUAUAACAUGUAAUUAUAGAAAGACAGAACCAUUCAAAGUGUAACACUCUGUGUAGAAACGAUGACACUUGGUUGACCAUCUUUAAGAAGUUCUUUCAAUUGAGUGCUGCUAUUUUUUUUUUUUUUACUUCUAUAGUUGUGUUUUACUUCACAAGAAUGCAAACUGUUGGACCGUGCCGGCAGCGAGCGCUGUCACCUGUGAGCGGGUGGGUGUAGAGCCCACGUGCUGUUCCUAUGUACCGGUUUGAUAUUAAAAUUAGUUCAUGAGUUCACCUGCUGUUGAAAGUUGUUGGGAGCGACAAAAGAGCGUGAGUCGAGUUUGUCCUGGAGAAGUUCCAGGGCCACCGGGAUGGAACGAUGGCUGACGUGGCGUCACUGGUGCGGAGAAGAAUGUGGUGUCCAGACUGGAGCCUGCGCCAGGAUUAAGUAAAUAAAUUCACACUGCUAUCUGUGUGUGUGUGUGUGUGAGAGAGAGAGAGAGAGAGAGACACUGCCGGCUACCUGAGGUGACGCUGCCA